UUUGCAGCCAACAAACUGACCGGAUUUUUUCCAUCCCCUCCAAAAUAAAAGUUUACACAACAUUGUCAUCCCCGGCUCUCCACCGCAAUUUUGUGAUUUCCAUUUCCCCGCCCUCUUGAUUGAUUUGCAUUCCAAUCACUUCUCAUUGGGUGAGGCAGAACCCUGACUGAGUGGGACUAAUUUGCCAUGCUAAUGAGAUGGCUCCGACAAACAGAGCCAGCUGGAGACCAGAGUAAAUGAUCCUGUCAUCAGUCAAGAACACAAACAUGGCUAACAGCUAAUUAGCUCGCGGCAGUUUGUAGAGGUGACAUUCUAUCUGAUCUGUGUCGCGCCGGUGAAGAAGAAGAAGAUGAAGAAGGAAAAAAGAGGGGGGACAAUGAAAAAGGGACAAAAAGGAGAGGCGGGCUUGGUCGUGAAUUUGGCUUUUUGUUUUCCCAAACACACCCUUGCGGCGUACAAUGUGUAACACACGCAAUCACACGCUCGCCGCCAUCUAUAACUUCCCCGUUUCCUUCGCGUUGCACGGUGCAAUGAGGAUAAGAAUGAGUAUGUGCCAUCAGAAUGAGGGGAGAAAAUAUGCUAAGCAGACAAUCAGAGGUGUACCCCCUGGUGCUAAACAGCCAAUCAUGGCUGUCCCAGUGUGUGUCACCAGCCAGCAGGAGGCAGAAUUAGUCCUGGUUAGCAGCCAGAGCCCUGCCGAGUGGCUGAUUAGUCUUUUAGACUGAAGAGGAGACAGAAUGUUAAAAGUCCAACUGCCUAUCUGAGACUCUUCUUGCACAGCAGACAAAGGCAAGGACUUCUAACAGGGAAAAGAAAAGUUAACAACUGCCCUGUUGCCCUAUUAAUGAGAUACAUUAAACUGAGUAAUUUACCAGUGUUGCACAUGCAGUUUUUAUCAUGCAUUUAGGGAUUUGAUUAGUUACAGUGGAGCAAACAUGGAUGGACUCAGGUGAUCUGAUGGCUGUUAGUACAGAUGAGAUUCACUGAGAUCAGAUUUUCACUGCAUUUAUUCAUAUUGUGGAUCCAUUGAUAAGCAAUAUAAUAAGUUUUCAUUAAUGCUAUAUAGUUGUAUUUGUUAUUGAAUUAGUCAACAAUUGCAACUUCUUCUGUGAUCAUCCGUAAUCUGUAUACGUAUGAAAACAAGUGAACGGCUAUAUAGUAAAACACAGUUGUAAUUUUUCUUCCUAUGAGAAGUUACAGUUCUUGGCAGAUGCUAAACACUCAAAAUGUUCCUAUUUUGGCUUAUAGCUGCAUUAUAUUGUGGUGUAAGUAUCCAUUCAGUAUUUAUAUGCUGUAUAUAAAUGCUAAAUAGAGGGGUAUUUACCCAUGAUACCUCUUUCUACAGUGUCUGCCAAGCAUGUUUUGAGACACAGUAGCUCUGAUUUGCUCUUUGCGUUGUUUGGACCCUCAGGAUUUCAGUUCUCAGACGUUCUCGAUGUCACCACUUCCCUGGUAAUUAAUUGUUCUUCAUCUGGGUCUGUCUCUUUCUCUUUUUUCCCCCUUUGCUUUCAGCGUCUCGGUCUGUUUGUCAUCUGGUCGCUCCAUGCUAUUUCGGUUUUUAUCAGCACAAACACUUGCAUCCAUCCAUUUGUAAUCUAAUAAAGAAAUGGCAGCAAUCUGUAUGUUCCUUUCGGGGGGACUGGAUGACUUUGAGCACCAGAUGCUGAUGUUCCCCCAGAGUCAUUACCGAGAUGGAGCCGAUCCUUAACUGUCUCCAAUAAAGAUGCACACACACACUUCCUCACACACACACUUCCUCAGACACACACACUUCCUCAGACACACACACACACACACACACACUGCCUCCCCUCCGCUCACUCAGUGUGGAGGCAGGAUUAACCUGCUGGUAGCGGAGUAAAUCCAGCACUGCGCUGCCUCCGCCUCUCUGUCUCUGUGUCUGAGGGGGCCUGGUUAUCCCUUCACACAAGCUCCCCGUUCAAAGGGGCGGCCGCCGGGGAUUAAUGACGUGUUAAAGGGGCAACCAUGGGGGAUUUAGACGCAGCUUGCUGUAAGGACAGGAGAUUUAAGAACACGGACCAGUGGUUAGUGCUCAUUGAAGUAUGAUUAGUUAGACACUGAACCCUCCCAGCACACACAUACACCGGCGAUAGGCAGGUGCUAUAUUAUUUUCAUACAUAUACCCAGAGGAUGGUGAGGUAGUGAAAGGACAAUGACUUUGUUUCAUAGCAAAUAUACCUCUGUAACCCUGCUGACCUUUAGGACAACAGCAUAAACCAAAGGGAUCAUUGGUAUUGUGAAUGUAUGUCCUGUUUUAACUGUGUUUGAGUCUAAAGUCUUAUUUCUAAGCAUGUAAAGAGCUUUGGAUUUACAUAUAAGGACUGUAUUAUGAGCUAUAUAAUGAUACUUUCCUCGAGCAUUUAAAGUGUUUCAAGGUUUAAUUAGCACCUCAGUAUAUAAACUACAUUGAAAACACAUGAGACUUAGAUGCAUUUGAUCAACCUAGUAUAUGUGAUAAUGACAUCUCAGGUGGUAAAACAAGCUAUUUAUGUUUGUGAGGGUGACAGUGUAUGUGCUCCUUCAUUAAAGCUGCAGGAUGAAUACAUGUAAAACAGUCGAAGCGGUUGUUAAGUACGUAUACAUGUGUAUGUAGCAUAAUAGAUGAGCUGUUUUACAUGCAGCAGGAAGACCUGGUUGUGAAAGUUUCAGCUCUGAUUCGAGCCAAACAUAAACUUGUGUUGCUUAAACUCGUCAGCAGACAUAUUAAAGGAAUAGUUUGGGUCGUAGGUAUUUGGUAUUGUUGGUACAGCACCAGUUCCGUGAUGUAGAGAGGAGAACGUGCAGGAAAACUAACCGAUGAACUGCAGUGAACUGGCAACCUAAAGAAAAGUCCUGCUAUAUUUAGAAUAUUCUCACUGCUAUACCCUACCAGAUGGGCCUUUCCAACAGGAAACUGCAGCGUUAAUAUUGCUGGAUGCUCUCUUCAAACGUACUAGACUCUGUUGACAAAAACAGCAACUUUGCUGAGUAGAAUAUGGGAAUUGUUGGUCAACUGCUGUGAAACUUGAUGUUUUAACAUGCUGGUUCAGAUCUGAUUUUUUCUCCUCCGCGUCAGUGGUUGUAGGAUAUAUGGUAUAAUAUCUUUAGUCAGUAGCUCAGUGUCACUCAGGUGGACAUUGAACACACCUAUUUAGAGGUUUCAUCUGCUGUUUCAACAGAUACGAUUUAAUCACAAAUUUAAAACCUUAAAACAAUAGAAACAAAGAUGAUGCCUGAGCAAAAUUUCAGCUUGAGUUUAUCAAGCAAGACAGAGAGUUAAGCUAAAGGCUCUAUUUUAAUUUAGUGAAACAUGCCAGUGUCUGGGAGCCUUACAUCCUCCAGCCUGAGAGUUGGAGUUAAUGUUGUCAGUGUUUCAGCUGAGAUUUUCCAUAGAAUUCUAGAGUCCUGUUAGAAUACAAAGAAGCAGCUAACAGUCUGUCUGGGGAUGUACAGAAUUUGUUAAGCUCACGCUGCUGCUGCUGCUGUGAUUUGUGUAGAAAGUUGAAUGAGGGAUGGCUGAUAAUUUGUUACAUGUUCUUGUUGUGCAUUUCCACCUAAAUCACAAAUUCUGCACAUUUGAAUGUGACGUGACACCCACGGAGAAAACAAUGCAUUCUGGGCUUUAUGUUUUGCAGUUAAAGCUGAACAAAGGGUACAUAUGACCGGCGGUUUGUUUGUCAGUGCUGUGCUGUCAGAGGGUAACGGUGAGGGAGUAUAAUAUUAAAGAUAAGCAGAUACAGUUGACAGUGUGCGCGAGAGAGAGAAAGUGAAAAGGAGGGAGGGAGAUUAAGAGACAUACAUACAGGUACUGGGUGGGAUCAGUGCACUGAGCAAGAUGUUAAGGUCAGGUUUCCUCACCACCCAACUCCCCGCCGCAACUCAUGUACCUCCUCCUUUAUCCCCCCGUCCUCCUCCCCCGGUAAGCCACUCUGCAGCCUCCCUCCUCCCCUAUAACACACAUCCAGCUUGCUGCCCACCCACCCCUCAAAAUCCGCUCCUGUGCAAUCUCCUGUGCAUCAGCUGCCAAAUGAAGUUCCUCUUUAGAAAAAAAAAAAAAAAAAAAAGAAAAAACUUGGCUGUCGAAUCGUCUGAGGCAUCGUGCCUGGCGGCAAAGGCAGCCCUUGUGUUGAAGCCAAUAAUCCGGCGUCAGGGCUUCAGGUGCGCAGAGGGCCGUGAUUGACAGGACUCGAUAUGAGGCCCUCGCCUCACUUGACAUUUGGGUUUCAUAAGGUCUGGAACAAAAGGCAGGGGCAAAAUAAUCAGAGAGGGGCGCAGGCAAAUAAAUCUGUUUAUUCCUCCUCACCUGCCCCCCUCCCUCCCCUCGCCUCCCCCUGCUCGUCCACAUCAUGGUUCAAACCCUUCGGAUGAUGGGGAAGUAGGGGAGGGCAUGAUAUUACCUUUUCGGAAGCCUUAGUGGAUUCACGCACCACGACAGCAGGUCACUUUAGGCCCUGUGCUUACCUGAGAUAUUAGUUUGUAUGUGUGGUGGAGAGAGAUGUGUAUUUGAGUGGCUGAGGCGUUGUGUGUGUGUGCGUGUGUGCGUGUGCGUGUGCGUGUGUGCGUGUGUGUGUGUGUGUGUGUGUGUGUGUGUGUGCACAGUGCAGUGUAUGUAUGAAGGAGAAGCAGAGACAACAGAAAAGACAGAGAGACUCAGGCAGACGGACUGACGGGGAAAGAGGAUUGAUGUGGUGUCAUGUUGUGGAUAACCAUUCGGACGCCUGUGUGUGUGUUUGAGCAAGAAAAAAAAGGAAAGAUGUAGCAUGUAAGCAUUAUAGAAGUCCUCUUUUGUUAUACUAUAAGACAGAUGUGCACAUUUUCACUAAUCUGAUCCUGAAUUGCUGCAAUAAGUGAUGCUAAAUUAAGAAAAGAAAUACCAAAGUGCAGCACAAGAUGAUCAAGAUUUUUCCGGAUCAAGAUUUUUGAUGGGCUGCUGACCCAGCAACAGCGCUUUUCAUCUACCCACACUGAACAUCUACUCACUGCCACACUGUAUACGCUCAUUCCCUCAGAAUGAAUGGUAUCAGCUAGGACAGAAAGGGGAAGAGAGUCCUGGUUGUAAUAUUUCAAUUUACCGAGCAGUAGGUGCACUAAAUGGAUUGGGGCACUUGAAGGGGAGACAAAUAACGCAAAAAUGUGCUGCAAGUUGGUUCCGAUUGUGGUUCUUUUAAGUCAUUUUAUUGGCAGGGAGGUAUUUAUGAGCAGGUGCAGAAUAUAUAUUGUGUUGAAUCUGAGAUGCAGUGCUUAUAGUUUGAUCAAAAAGGAAAUUAUGCACAAGCUAUUGCACAAAACAUUGUAUUAUAAGCAACAGAGUUAUUAGAUGAGGGUUGACAUGAGGUCACAAAGGCCUUAGUUACAAUUUUGAAGUAUAUAAAAUUUACUUAAUUAUAGACUUUACAGUCUUUCUCAUUUCAGAGGAAAAUCUUUUGCUUUUUACUCCACUAGAUUUGAGUCUUCAGUUGCUUGUUAGUUUUUUGGUUAAGAUUUCACACAUUUGCAGAAAGAAAAGGAUGAAUUUAUUCAAUCAUACACUGUAAACUAUUAAGCAAGCCGACAGUACAUGAAGAAGCUAAAAACAGGAUUUAAAUGAUGCUUACUGGUCAUCAAUAAUAAUAAUAUGACAAUAUGAUAUAUUAUGCAGCGACAUAGUUGAUAUCAGACAUUCUGCUGCCAUUUGAGUAUUUUUAGUUUGAUAUUUUCAUUAUAUUUUGUGGCUAAUACAUCUGUAAUUGUAACCCUAAUCCUUGUAAUCUGUUAAUGCAGGGCUGUUACUUGUGAUUCUGCUACCUAGUUAAAAUAAAAUAGUCUAGAAAUCCAUUUCCCAUCAUGUCACUGACAGAAAAAAAGGGUUUGAUGAAGAGUUAACACAUGCAACCUACCUUUGGAAUAGUAAUAAUAAAUCAAAUGCAGGUGUUUACCUUAUUUCCUCUCCCCUCCUAUAUGAUUUACAUCUUAUGCAAGCAUUUGCAUCUUAUAGAACCUUUGAGAGAACUGCAUGGGAAUUUAAUUGCAGGGUUGUAAGUGCAAUCGGUGGACAUAAUAUCAGACUGUUUAAUAGGCGAUUCAAUUAAAAAAAAAACAGGAAGACACCUAGGGGCCAUAUGUUCGCUUGUGCCUGGAAGUCUGUAUGAAAAACACAUAAGUCAACAGAUAGUUUCCAGAUUAAUCCCUGUGACAUCCUUUUGUACCAGAUUCAGCCCCCACGUGGGGAGUCCGCAUAAAUUGGAUGCGAUUGGACACUUUGCGGGUGAUUGGCAGGAAGAUGCAGGGCAGUGUGUGCACCUUCUUCCCGCUAUUGGCUGCCUUUAAUGGGCGCUCCUCCUUCAGACCACACACCAUUGGCUCCGGGGGGCUUCGCGGAGCAGCCGGGAAGUUGUAGUUCUUUCCAGCGGACGCACAUCUGUAGGGCUUAUUAUCGACUAAUGUGAAUUAAACUACACGUCCCGACGUCACGGUAUGGGCUCCUGGUAAUUGUUGUUGAAUAUGUAAUUGCGCCCCGUACGACUGGUUGCUUCUAAAUUUGGCGUCGCAGGGGCAACGCGGCUCCAGUCGGUGAGGUUGCUUCGCUCCGUCGGUGCCGUGCGAGGAUGCGAACGGAGGCGAGUAGGAAAUAAAGCGAUAAACGAAGAGAGGAGCGGGGGACGCAGUGGAGAAGCUCAGCAGGGUCAUGAGUGCAAAAAAAAAAAGUUGAUGCUUUGUAGAGAAAAUCUGAGAAAAUUAAGGAUUCAUUGUUAGUUUCAGAGGGAGAUUAAGAUUUGUGCGCAUAGAAUAAGGUGAUUUUUUUAUUUUUGAGAAGGCUGAUGACAACUUUCAUCAUCACCCUGAAUGGACUUUUGAAUUACUAUCUUUGACCAGCCAAAGGUCCGAGGAUGUGUCCAGUUUUUACGGAACCUGCACGCAGCCUGCAAACCGGCCACUGACUGACCCUCUUUUUUUACGCACGGGUGGAAAAGAUCGCUCCUCGUUCGUUUUGUUUUCCUGCUCGUGUGGAUGAACUUUACAAUACAUUUUAAAUGAUUCGAGAUCUGAGCAAGAUGUACCCCCCGGCACGGCAUCCGGUAAGUAGAGAGCAGCAACAGUCAAGGCACUAUGUCAGAACAACGCAGAUUAACAGCAGCGCGCCUGGUGCGUAAUCAGUUUAGAUCAAGUUUCCGUGCCACUGCGCGCUCGCUCUGACAAUUGCGCUCAUUGUCAAACUGCUGCAGCUGUGUGUGUGUGUGUGUGUGUGUGUGUGUGUGUGUGUGUGUGUGUGUGUGUGUGUGUGUGUGUGUGUGUGUGUGUGUGUGUGUGUGUGUGUGUGUGUGUGUGUGUGUCUGCGUGUGUGCGUGGGUUUAAUGUGUUAAGGAGUGAAACCCAAAAGGCCAUCCGUAUCACAGAGGCCUAUUGUCAGCUGCAGUCCUGCCUGUGUGUGCGUGUCGUGACAGUGAACUUUGGUGGCUCAGUUCUUCCUCUCUUCCCCCCUUCGCACGCUGUUUUUUUUUUUUUUUUUUUUUUGGUUUUGUGUCGAGGUCCCUCACCAGCCGGGGCAGCCGUUCAAGUUCACUGUCACCGAGUCCUGCGACCGGAUCAAGGAGGAGUUCCAGUUCCUGCAAGCCCAGUAUCACAGGUGAGAGUGUGGAUGGAUGGAGCUGCGUAAAGACACCAGCUCAUCAGCCAGAUGACAAAAUACUGGUGAAGCUUUGGAUACAUGAUUAGAAAUUUGAUCUUUCUUGUAUUCCAGGUCCAUGUCAGAGCUGCAGCAUUUAGCCAAUAGUUGAUUAAUUGAUUAAUUUAUUGAUAUUAAAUGACUAUUACAUAAAAGAUGCCCCCAUUGGCUUAUUAAUUUUAAAAGUAGUGUAGAAGUAUUUUCUGAUUUUCGUAGCUCUUCUAUGCUUGUGGUCAAACAUUACAAGAAAUCUUUAAAGUCACCUUGGGCUUACAGUGGUAUUAUUGUACAGACAUGACAAAUGACUCAUGAAGAAAAUAAUCAAUAGAUCAAUUGGUCAUGGUGAUACUCACCGGUUGCAGGAUUAGUUCAUGUUAUGAAUACAAACCCUCAGAUUAGGUUUGGAAGAGGGUUGAGUUCUGUGAUCUGCACCAGUCAUGUAUGAAUCACACAGUAUGACAAAAAAAUUAGGGAUGAUGCAAUGGCAUGAAAUAGAAGACAGAAAAUUGAUUCAUGUUUAACAUCUGAUUGAGAAAUGAAGUUUGACGUAUGUGGAUCCAUCUGGAGAUGCCAUGAAAUCCUCAAACACCCCGCGUGGAGCUAACGAUCCCGGUUUGUCUCAGGUCCAUCUAUCACUGGUGACUAACCACAGGUAAACCCCAUCGACCUUGGUAUGCACGUCUCUCUCUGCGAGUGCAAGUGGUGUGAAAUACUUUUUUACCCGACAUGAUGAAGUGUGAAAUACAUUGCUCGGAGCAGAACCAUAAGCACGAUACCAAUGCAUAAUAAUCGGACACUCCUGGCCACCUUGUAAUUAUGACCCAAUCACCUGGUGAGAUGAACCAGCGGUCCACUUUGCUGGCCAAUCCUUGGGCUGAACGGGGCUGGAGGGAGGACGCUGUGCUGCAUGCUUAAUGCUGCAGCUGCUGGAUUAAACUGUUUCAUGGCAGUGAGGAGGAGGGAGGUGCUGAUUUGGUGAAAAAAACUGAGUAAGGGUGGGUCAGAUGUGUCAGAUAGAAGGGCUGAGAAUUACUGUCUUUGGAGUUUUUUAGAUUUUUAUGGAUGCCACUUUUCAUUUAGGUGGAAGUUAAAUGCAUGAUGAGACUUUUUUUUUUUAAGCUAAAAACUUGAAAAUUGAUCUUUUGGCUCAGUUGACACAACAACCUGGACGCCAUCAUUGUCAAGCUGAAGCUCCUAUUUCCAUAAAAGUUGUUUUUUUUAGUGGCAUUGAAGGUUUUCGUCCAAUAGUGCCUGAAUUUUUCAACUGACUCAAGCAUUUAAAUUUCAGUUACAUAAAAUAGCUCAUUUUUAUAAUAUAUUUGAAGUAUUUUUUUCUCUUGUCCCUGCAAAAGUUUCACAACACUAUACACCUGAUGAUUUUCUCAUAAAAAGAUGAACGAAAGCCUUAUGCAAUGAUGUAUCUGAGAUUUCCGGUAACGGACGACAUUUGAAAGAGUUAAGCUUUAGUGUAAAAUGGAUCCUCAUUAUAUGGUUGCUUUUUGUUGAUGGUGCAGUUUAGGCUUCCACUCACACUGUAAGAAUAUAUGAUGAGGUUUGUGUGGUCGUCCAUUGAUCCAUUAAUUACUGCACUGCACCUGCUGUGUAAGUGCCUGUGUCUGCAGGGGGAAAACUGCUGUGAUCCAAACAACUUCUUUUUUCUUUCUUUCUGUGUUGCACUCAAAUUUAGAAAUGCAAAUUUAAAGUGACAGGAUGCAGUGACUUGCACAGUGGCAUCUCCAGUUUCGGUUUGUUAAGUCUGAAGUUGGAAUGUGAGAAACUGGCCAGUGAGAAAACAGAGAUGCAGAGACACUAUGUGAUGUACUACGAAAUGUCAUACGGACUGAACAUCGAGAUGCACAAGCAGGCGGAGAUCGUCAAGCGGCUGAACGCAAUCUGCGCCCAAGUCAUCCCCUUCCUCUCUCAAGAGCAUCAGCAGCAGGUGGUGCAGGCAGUGGAGAGGGCCAAGCAGGUCACCAUGGCUGAACUCAACGCCAUCAUAGGACAGCAGCAGCUCCAAGCUCAGCACCUCUCCCACGGCCACGCCAUCCCCGUCCCGCUCACCCCUCAUCCAGCCGGCCUCCAGCCCCCUCUGCCCCCCGGGGCCAGCACUGCCAGCCUGCUGGCUCUGUCCUCUGCCCUGAGUCACCAGCUGCCGCUCAAAGACGACAGGAAACACCACGACAACAACAGUGAACACGCGAGAGACAGAGACUCAGUCAAGAGCUCAUCUGUGUCUCCAUCGGCCAGUUUCCGAACUGGAGAGAAGCACCGGAGUUCGAGCGAUUACUCCUCCGACAGCAAGAAACAGAAGACCGAUGAUAAGGAGUUGACCUCCACACGCUAUGAAAGUGAUGGAGAGAAGAGUGAUGAUAACCUGGUUGUUGAUGUCUCCAAUGAGGAUCCAGCGUCUCCUCGAGGAAGUCCCGCCCACUCGCCUCGGGAGAACGGAUUGGACAAGAGUCGCCUGCUGAAGAAAGAUGCGCCCCUGAGUCCUUCCUCCAUCGCCUCCUCCAGCAGCACACCUUCAUCCAAGUCCAAAGAGAUUAAUUUGAAUGAAAAGUCCACAACUCCAGUGUCCAAGUCCAGCACCCCGACGUCUCGCUCUGAAGCCCCGACACCCAGCAGCACCACCACCCCGAGCCUGAGGUCUGCACCCAGUAAACCGGCAGGAGUGGAGACGCUGGCUCCUGGUCUUCGCACACCGCUGGCAGUGCCCUGCUCGUACCCGGGUCCAUUCGGGAUGGUUCCUCACCCGGGUAUAAACGGGGAGCUCGGUGGAGCCGGAGCAGCCUACAGCGGCCUCCAUAACAUCUCCCCACAGAUGAGCGCAGUCGCUGCUGCUGCUGUGGCGGCUUACGGACGCACACAAGUGGUGGGAUUUGAUCCUCACCACCACAUACGUGUCCCUGGCCUCCCUCCCAACCUGUCGGGCAUUCCUGGUGGAAAACCAGCCUACUCCUUUCAUGUGAGCGCCGACGGACAGAUGCAGCCCGUGCCUUUUCCUCCGGAUGCGCUGAUUGGCCCCGGCAUCCCGCGCCACGCUCGGCAAAUCAAUACUCUGAGCCAUGGGGAGGUGGUGUGCGCUGUUACCAUCAGUAACCCGACGCGUCAUGUCUACACCGGCGGCAAGGGCUGUGUCAAGGUGUGGGACAUCAGUCACCCGGGCAACAAGACCCCUGUUUCCCAACUGGACUGCCUUAACAGAGAUAACUACAUCCGUUCCUGUCGGCUACUUCCGGAUGGACGGACUCUCAUUGUCGGAGGCGAGGCGAGUACUUUGUCCAUCUGGGAUUUGGCGACACCGACUCCUCGGAUCAAAGCCGAACUAACUUCAUCAGCGCCUGCUUGUUACGCUCUGGCCAUCAGCCCCGAUUCCAAAGUCUGCUUCUCCUGCUGCUCCGACGGAAACAUAGCUGUGUGGGAUCUUCACAACCAGACUCUGGUCAGGCAGUUCCAGGGCCACACUGAUGGAGCCAGCUGUAUCGACAUCUCUAAUGAUGGGACCAAGCUGUGGACUGGAGGUCUAGAUAACACCGUCCGGUCCUGGGACUUGAGGGAGGGACGACAACUCCAACAGCACGACUUCACCUCCCAGAUCUUCUCAUUGGGAUACUGUCCAACAGGCGAGUGGCUCGCAGUAGGGAUGGAGAACAGUAAUGUGGAGGUUCUGCAUGUCACCAAACCUGACAAGUACCAGCUCCACCUGCACGAAAGCUGCGUGCUGUCGCUCAGAUUUGCUCACUGUGGGAAGUGGUUUGUGAGCACAGGAAAAGACAAUCUGUUGAAUGCAUGGAGAACCCCAUAUGGAGCGAGCAUAUUCCAGUCAAAGGAGUCGUCCUCAGUGCUGAGCUGUGACAUCUCCAUAGAUGAUAAGUACAUUGUGACAGGCUCAGGAGAUAAGAAAGCAACUGUCUACGAGGUCAUCUACUAGGAGAGCUUUGGUCACUAAGCUGCAAGGCCAUCCUUCCAUCCAGGUCUGACGUCUCCAUCACCUAUGUACAAUUUUUAACGUGUAUAAAAAUCGAUUUGAAUGGAACAAACCAAACACUCUCUUGGACCGUGACCUUUCUUUGACCUACCCAGCUGGUCGUGGAACAAGUGGAACUAAGCACAGAGAUUUUUUGUUCUUUUAUUUUUAAGUGGCUUUUUUGGUAUUGUGAGGAUGAAUGAAUGUCCAUGUGCACUGAAUUUGAAGUGAAUGCUGCUGUCUAGAUAACAUUCCUUUAUGUAACAAUCGGUUGUAAGCCUCUGAUAUAUUUGCUUUUAUGCAACGUGAUGGUGCACAUUGGAUAAAAGUACAACAUUAUGCUUUGCGUGUACCUGAAAGCCUAAAAAGUAUUUGAACUAGCUAUCAGAUCAGGAUUUAAUCAUUCUUGAACAACUUCUGUAUGUCCCUCUAGAGAACAACUGCACAGAAUAUAUAAAAAUGAUCCUGUUAAUUAAGUGCUAAUGUACAGAUCACAGCAGAACAAGUGGCAGUAGUUUCCUGCUGACUUCUAUUGACUGACUGCCUGCAUCAUUUCUAUGCUGUUAAUUGCAACUUGCAGACAUCUUACAUUGAUUUUUAAAGAUACAGGAUGCACAGUAGUAGCAAUUAUGCAGAUGUGAAUGUUUUUUUUAAAGCAAAUAUAUCAGAGGCUUUAUUCAUGAACAAAGUUGAACUAUUUUUUUAUGUGUUCAUUCUUAAUUUGCCUUGUCCUCACAUGCAGUAUGUUAUUUCUUCAUACCACAUGUUCCUUUUUAAACUAUUAAGACAUUUUGUUUGUUUUGGAACAUUUGUCUUAAAAAGCCUUCCACGUGUGAAAAACAUCAAAAAUGAAUUUCAUUACUGAUGCAUGCUGAGUGGAGCUUUAUGCAGAACCCAUCCAGAAGGGGUUGCUUAAUAUUCUCCAAGGACUGACAAACAGAGGCUGAAUGCUUAACAAGAAUGGAAUUAUCCUUCAAACAGUAGACUGGAAUAGUUUGUUAAGAAACAUGCUUCUUUUUUUUUUUUUUUUUACAGGGAGAAUAACAAUCAAUAACACACAUUUCUAAGUGCUAAAUAAGAGGUUUGAGGCAGGAGGCAAUUAGAUUAGCUUAGCAUUAAGGCCAGUCACAGAGGUUGCUCUGUCCAGAAAUAAAACAUGCCUAAUAGAAGAUUGUUGUCCUGGUGAGGUUACCAGGCAACCAGGAGGAACUCUGGGAAGUCUCAAGUAAAACCGCAACUUGUCACAAUGUAAGCUGCACAGAUUAAACAAAUAAGAUUGUUAAAUAGUUAACUAUAUAAGUGCUGUGACGCAGAUAGAGGUUCUCUCCGUUUCCAGUCUUUAUGCUAAGCUAAGCUAACCAGCUGCUGCUUUUAGUUUCAUAUUUAACAGAGAGUGGUAUGAUCUUCUAAUUUAUAUCUCAGUAGGAAAGCAAAAAAAAAAAAUAAAAGAUAUUUCAAACAAUUUCUUCAAAUGCAGCUUGUGCUCAUUACCUCCAACAUUGAUUUUCUACCUGUGUUCCUUAAAUUAUUUUUUUAAUUUUUGGCAUUUUCUCAUGUAAUUCAACUUCUGCGUGAGCUCAGUGUGCAAAUGUGUGUGUGUGUGUGUGUGUGUGUGUGUGUGUGUGUGUGUGUGUGUGUGUGUGUGUGUGUGUGUUGUGUGUAUGUUUCGACCCCGUCUGAACCGAACAAGCUACACAGUUUGACCUCGGUGACCUCGCUACUGACUGACCUUUGCUCUUGGUUCUGUCCCUCAGUUCGGACUCCUCUGGAUGCUCGCUGGAUUCUGUCUGACAGAUUUCAGCAGAACUGAUUUAUCUGUGUUUGGAGGUCACCCACCCCUCAAUUUCCUGCUUGGAUUUUCUGUUAAGACUUUCGGGCAUUUAUCUGAAAAACAAGUGGACAGUGAUAUGGUCAUGAUUUCUCUCGGAUUUACUACUGCUGGCUUGUAGAAAUAACACAGUGCCUUUAUGCUGCUACGCUUCUGGCCCCACUUUGUCAUGCUGAGUGUUCGACGACACGCAGAGCUGAAAUGUGACAGACUCCUGUACUGGAGAGAUUUUUAAAAUUUGCUGUUUUUGAGUGUACAUCUUGCAACAUGUAAGGGUGAAUUUCUUAUAAAAACUCAGUUAUCGGCAAAGAAAGAAAUGGUAACCCCAGAUUAUCCAUUUUAGUGUCCACUUUGAAAUGAUCGGGACCAAAUUUAUCAUUAUUCUGACUGCUUUGCUGGAUACAUGCAUGUGAAAUAUAUAGUUUACUGCAGUUUUAGUUGGACUUUUCAGACCUAAUGAAGUCAAUCACAAGUGAAAGACUCAUUCUUUUUUUAAUAGACUUUUUGCAGUAUAUUUUUUUGCUUUGUAACAUUGUUCUUGUUGCUACUACAACUCUCCUGCAUAAUUCACACCCUUAUCACACUAAUUUACACAAAGACAUUCACAUGCAAAAACACAGUGUACCAAUAGUAGAAUUAGGAGGUUUAUGCUUCUCCUAGACAAUAAUCAUAUCAAUAUGUGUCCAAAUCUGAUGUCAAGUAUCAUUAAUUGUACAUUAAACAACAAUUCUAAAGGUUUUCACUAAACUUAGCUGCCAGGUGGCUCAUUUUUUGAACAAUAAUCAUUUUAAAUUGUGUGCCUAAACCGAAACUCUUCAUUUAGCCACUAUCAAUAAUUCCUGUUAGUUUAAAUUUCUUUCAGACCAGAUUUACAACUUAAAAUUUUAAUUCUAGACCUAUUGAGUCCAAAAAAUGGUGUUCAGGCAGCAGAAUAAGAAAGAAAAGCAUCUUUUCCAAACAAUGUGAAGGUUGAUGUAGCGCCUAGGCACGAAAUUGAAGCUCAUGGACAUGUUAUUGUCAUAUUACCAGAUGGAAUCACCUUUUUCCAUUAGAAAUAGAUGUGAUGUAGCCUAUUUCAAAGACUCCUCUUUUUUUUUUAAAAAAACUUUCUUUUAUAGUAGCCCCGUCUCGCAGUGAUGUCUAUUGUAAAAAUGACCAAAUUGACAAACCAAAAAUUCAGUUAAACCGUGUAUUUCCUUGGUUUAGUUUUCCAACUGAAAAAGAGAGAAGUGCUCAUGCUCAGCAUUAACCUGCCUGGGAUCCACCUUCCUGUCUUAUGUUUCUGUAAGGUCUUAAUACUUAAAUAUAGAUCUAAAGAACUGGUAGAAAAAAACUCAGUUUUUGAGAGCCUGGGAAAGUCUCCUGCAAGUAUUAACUCAUCUCAAAGUUUUUCUCAAAGCACCUCCUUAAGCUCUUUGCAGAAAAUCAAUAUACAUCAGAUCUGUUAAGUCUCGAUACCAUCUUGCACUGGAAAGAAAAGUGUUUUUUAAAGUUGAAGGUAAAGGAGAAGAAAACUAAAUAAUGGUCUUUUUAAAAUUUUCUUUGCAGUAUUUGCCGUUUUUGUUGAUUGUAACAAGACAGAGCUUUCAGAUUGUUGACUAGAGAUGUUUCUGUAAAUCGAUGACACAUACUGUAUACAAGCAUGUAUGUGACAGAGUGAACAAAGUGUCAUGAAAACUGCACUGGUGUGAAGGCAAAUGGAAGUUUUAUGGUGUCGUCACCUCUGCAGGAGAAAAGCUCUAUUGGGUUGAGACCAUAUGAAACAUAAUUUAGUGUUGUUACAGAUAUUUUUGUGAUUUUCCUGACAGCCACACACAGAGACGUUGUACAUUCUGAAAGACAGGUCUUAAUAGUGGUUUCUUUUUCACAGUGUUUGCCUUAUCCUGUGUUUUUUUUCUCUCUCUCUCCCUAAAUCUGAAGCAUUUCUGUUUGCUGCAGUCUGAUAAGCUUUCAAAUUAACACGACGAUUCAUUCACUCUGCUGCCAUCGACUGCUCUGCUGUGCUUUCUGCUCUGGCAUGAGUCACAACAAUCUGGUGACACCUUCUUGAACUGUAUCUACUCUGCAAUCUUCAUCUGGAAAAAUAGGAAACUACAACUCGCGCUCAUGUCAAACCUGAAUGUUACUCGUCUCAUCUGAUUGCUAGAUGGCUAACGUGACCCGACGCAGAAAUGAUGUUAUGUACAAUAACGAUGUGUAGAGCAUUUAGCUUGACUGAGCUCAUGAAGGUAUUAUAACUUCACUGUAAACAUGUAAUUAUUCGAGCUUACAGCAGAAAGAAACCUCCUGUUGCUAGUGGAGCUUUUUUCAUUCAAUACAAAAUGCCUUUGCUCUCUUUUUUCUAGUCUGUGGUUGAUUUUAUUAAAUUAUUGUGUGGAAGUA